GACGUGUUGGUAGGGAAGUGGCUGUCGAGCUACCUGGACCUAGCGUUUCGUCUACGGUAGCCACUAACUCUUAGCACUCCCUCUUCAUUGCAAGCCUACUAUGAAAUCCUCUGAUUUGGUAUUUCGGUAACUACCUGCUCAAAUAACAGAAGACAAACCGGGCCAAUAGCACAAGUGUUGUUGAUGCAGCAGUUUUAUGAAGACGUGUGAGUGACUUGCACAACAACAAUGGGGAGGAGGAGGGUGCCAGAUCUGUACAGAGCCCCCUUUCCCUUAUACUCCAUUAAAGUGGACCCUAAAACAGGGCUGGUGAUCACAGCAGGGGGAGGAGGGGCUUCCAAGACGGGCAUAAAGAAUGCUGUGCACUUCCUGGAUCUCCGGCUGGUUGGAGAGCACCAGUACAGUGCCAGUCUCCUUCACUCUCAUGACACGGACACCCGGGCCACCAUGAACAUGGCUGUAGGUAAUGGUGUGAUUGCUGCAGGACAGGACGGGACCUGCUGUCUGAUGAGGUUUAAACACUGCUCCCAGAAAGAAGAAGGCAAAGAUGCAGCUAAAGAUGCAGGGAACAGUGUGCAGCAAGGGAAUGCCAGGCGACGAGCUGGAAAAGGAGACAAAGGUGGACAGGAUGAAGCUGCAGGGUCUGGAGAUAUGUCAGAUAUGAAGGAUGAGACGACUCGUAUCGCUGUGACUGGUUUGGCUGAAGUGCUGUCGGAUCUGAACCCCCAGGAUCCACUCCAGAAGGUGGUCCGGUUCAGUCCUGACCUCAGCCUUCUGCUGACAGGAGGCACAGACGGACACAUACGAGUCUGGGAGUUUCCAUCCCUGAAGAAGAAGUUUGACUACAAAGCACAUGAAGGGGAGAUUGAAGACUUGGACAUGAGUCCAGGGAACAAGCACCUGGUGAGUAUUGGCCGGGACUUUUCCUGCAGUGUAUGGAGUGGCAGCCAGCUGGCUAUGGGUCUUAAAUGGCUUGAAACCAUGCCUCAGAUAGCUGAGAAGACUUAUCGGUAUAUGGCUUGCAGGUUUGGAAAGGUGGAAGACCAAAAAGACGCCCUGAGACUUUACACAGUUCAGAUUCCUCAUAAACGAGACAGAAAACCUCCUCCUUGCUACCUCAACAAAUGGAAUGGCAAGAGCUUUCUGCCCAUGCUGACGGCUUCUUGUGGCACUGAGGUCAUCUCCACUCUGGCUGUCAGCGACUCUGGAACAUUUCUUGGCCUUGGAACUGUGACAGGUUCAGUGGCUAUCUACAUCGCUUUCUCCCUCCAGAAGCUGUAUUAUGUACAGGAGUCCCAUGGCAUUGUUGUGACAGACCUGGCCUUCCUGCCUGACUCUCUGAAAGGCAAAAAUAUCAAAGGGAAUAAUGAAACAGCCAUGUUGAGUGUAGCUGUGGACAGCCGCUGUCAGGUACAUACUGUCCCCAACCGAAGAUCCUUUUCUAUCUGGCUCGUGCUGUUCCUCUGUGGCCUUGUGGUGAUGGGAGUCGUUCUCCUCCUACAGUACCUCUUUCCAGGGUUUAUUUAAAUCAUGCAAGUGUUGCCACAGGUCAGGGUUGAUGAAGGUUGGAUACAUCUUCACAUCAGCUGUCCUCAGUCCAACAUCCUAACGUCCCAGUGCUGCAUCGCAACUCCAAGUUGAGCCAGUGAAAGCUCUUCAGGCUGCAACGCUGACUCUGAACAGCUGACAUUGUCCUCCUCAGCACUUACUCAGGGUUGUUCUUUUCAGACCUGUUAACCCAGUGGAGUCAACUGUGGUAUUUUAUUUGCUUUGAUCUCUAUCAAUUAUUCUUAAUCUUUGUUGGAUUCACGUUGAGUUGAAGGGCUCAAUUUUAUGAAUAUUAAGGGGUGGGGUCUUUUUCUUGACAUUAUUUAAGGUAACAUGUAAAAUAUAGAAAUGAUUGACACAUAAUGUGUCUGUUUUUGCUUUUUGUUUACACAGACACUGAAUUAGCCAUUAGCCUCCUUGAUUAACUGCUUUUUCUUUAUUUUGUUUCUCCAUUUGAUUCACUGGUGAGCAGCAGAGACUAGAUUUAACAGUCUUAUAAUCUGCAGAUUAUUUGGUAUUAUGACAUGAAAAUAGAAAUUACAAGUGAAGUAAGCACAGCAAAAACAGGUGAGGUGUGUAAACUUAAUGAAAAUGUAAUUAUAGCAAAAGACGGCACCCUUAUUUUUUGAAGACAUUUGAAUGAAACAUUCUGCUUGUAAAUGUUGUCCAGCAAAUGUACAAAAAUGGGAAUACCCAUAUUAUUGUAACUAACACGGUGAAAUAAUCGAAGAAAUAAAAUAUUAAUAAGAAAGCUAGCUAAAAAACUAAA